UGGAUUAAGGCAAAGUCCGAACUGACGGCGUUAAAGGCGGGCGCCUGCCAAAGCGUGCAGAAGUUGCGCGUACGGACACCCCGUUUUCAAGGCCGUUUGUGUCCGUUUAGAUGAUUUUUAUGCCGCGUGGGUGUUGAACUAUUUUAUGUCUUUCCUUCGCUUUUCAUUUCAUUUGUCUGCUGUUUAUGAAUCUGUUGGAAAGAGGAGAAGAGAAAAACCAGUUCUAUUCAACAAUUGGUUAGAGGAUCAGGAGGGGGCAUUAGGCAAAGUUAUACUAUAUGGAUGCUGAUACCUUGGAACUGUAGCGGUGACUUCUAACAGAUCUAGGAACAUGGACAUUAGAUGCAAGACAGCAUGUGGCAGAAUCAAUGAGGCUUCUCUAUUUCUUUCUGACCGCCCAACGAAAGUGCCCAGAUAUGCUCUACUUGAUUCAGGCCAAUCUCAAGCAGUCAAUAUUCCUAUGUUAGAGCCUUCAGUGACAAGUGAAUUUUUUCAUGGGACCCCAAAUUGGAGUUGGGAGAACUCAUCUCCUAUUGUGACUAACAAUUCCAAAAACCAACAAUCUCACAGUACUGACAAGAAUCAAAUAAGUCAUGGUUCUCUCCAAAGUUCUUUGUCCAAUAAUUGUUCCUCUAAAGCCCACUUGCCCAGUGCUGAGCAUCUACAACAUACCACUGGACUUUCAGUUCAGUGUUCCCCAUCUAAUAUAAGUUGCUUAUCUGGUGGAAGCCCAACAUCAUCACAAAUCUCACAAACAUUCCCACCUGAUAUACCAAAUUUUCAGUCAGCAGAUAGUGGAUACAGUGACAAUGAGAAACCAUUAGAUUUGAAGAAUGCACUAUAUGAAUUAGAGACAGCAUUGCUGGGCCCUGAUAGGAAUGGCUCUAACAGCUCUGAAGGUAGCACUGAGGAGCCUGAGGUUGCAGAAAAUUCAGAGUGGAGCUUAGAAGCCUUAAACAAUGUCACUGGCACCAUGUAUUCUGGACCAGAACAACCAAAAAUACCUAGUGGUAAAGUGAAUAAUGGAGUUAAAUCCGUGAAAGUAGAAGCAGUUAAUGGCACGUUAUUCACCUCUGAUGUCCAUAUUCCAAAUAAUUCUUUGGAAGAGAAAAAAGAAUUGCGGGGACUUGAGACUCGACAGAAUGAUGUGAGACAAUUGCUUAUUUUAUGUGCAAAGGCUAUUGCUGACAGCAAUAAAGUUAAUGCAGAGAAAUAUAUUGCAGCACUGAAUCAAGUGGUGUCUGUUUCUGGUACUCCACUGGAAAGGUUAGGAGCAUAUAUGGUAGAAGGUCUUGUGGCAAGAUUGGCUUUUUCUGGUGGAAAUAUCUACAAAAAGUUAAGAUGCAAAGAACCUUCUAGUCAAGAACUGCUUUCCCACAUGCAUACUCUAUAUGAAAUCUCUCCAUAUUUUAAAUUUGGUUAUUUAGCUGCAAAUGGUGCCAUUGCAGAAGCAUUCAAGCAUGAGGAUAGAGUACACAUUAUUGAUUUUCAGAUUGCACAAGGUACCCAAUGGAUGACAUUGAUUCAAGCACUUGCAAAACGACCAAAUGGUCCACCUCAUGUUCGUAUAACAGGUAUUGAUGAUCCUGUGGCAGAGUAUGCUCGUGGUGGAGGAUUACAGUCAGUUGGCCAAAGAUUGUUAGAACUUGCUGCAAGCCACAAUGUCCCUUUUGCAUUUCAUGCUGUGCCUGUGUUUGGACCUGAAGUUCAGCGUGAUAUGCUUGAGCUCCAUCCUGGGGAAACUUUGGCUGUGAAUUUUCCUUUCCAACUUCAUCAUAUGCCUGAUGAGAGUGUCAACACAAGUAACCAUCGAGAUCGUCUCUUGCGUAUGGUCAAAGGAAUGUCUCCCAAGGUAGUUACAUUGGUGGAGCAAGAAGCAAACACAAAUACUGCACCUUUUUUCCCAAGGUUCAUGGAAACUUUGAGUUUUUACACUGCCAUGUUUGAGUCUCUUGAUUUGACUCUUCCAAGGAAUGAUAAGAACCGUAUCAAUGUUGAGCAAAAUUGCCUGGCACGUGACAUAGUGAAUGUCAUUGCAUGUGAGGGUGCUGAAAGAGUGGAAAGGCAUGAAGUUCUGGGUAAAUGGAGAUCCAGAUUUACAAUGGCUGGAUUCAGGCCUUAUCCUUUAAAUUCAUAUGUUAACUCUGCUAUCAAAUCUCUCAUGGGGUAUUAUUCCGAGAACUACAGGUUGGUAGAAAAGGAUGAAGCUCUUUAUCUUGGUUGGCUUGACAGGCACUUGUUUGUGGCUUCUGCCUGGCACUAAUUUAUCAGAGCACAGCUGAUUUUUGAGCAGGCAAUCAUUUUUUGGUAUGCUUUCACAACUCAUCUGCUGAUGAACACACAAAGCAUAUUCAAACUUGUAAAAUUUAAUUGUAACUGUGUAAUUGUAGUGUAUGAUUUACGUAGAAGUUUUUUGAACUGCAUAGAGUACAACAGCAUAUAGAAAUCAACAUUGCAAGGCAUUGAUAAGCUGGCUGAACUGACCAUAAUGUUAUGGGCAUUAUGUUAGAGAUGGCUAGAAGAAUGACAUGUUGAACCAAAUGCAUUGUACUGCUGAUCAAUUUUCAUGGAUGUCUUGAACUAUGAGUGUUUAAGUUAAAGCUUGCCUGAAAAUUUUACAACAUA